AUGGAGAACGGUGUGUCCCGGGAGGCUGGGGGCUCGCAGGCGUCUUCCUCUUCCCCCGAAGGGGGCCGGAGCACCCCGGGGCAGAGCGGUGGCACCCCGGCGCCCCCGCCCCGCCAGCCCCGCGUGAGACCCCGCCUGAUCUUCCACACCCAGCUGGCCCACGGAAGCCCCACCGGGAAGAUCGAAGGGUUCACCAACGUCAAAGAGCUGUACGCCAAAAUCGCAGAGGUCUUUGACAUCUCCCCGACAGAGAUUCUUUUCUGCACCCUGAACACUCACAAGGUGGACAUGCAGAAGCUUCUCGGAGGCCAGAUCGGUCUGGAGGACUUUAUCUUCGCUCACAUCCGCGGCGAGACGAAAGAGGUGGAGGUGACGAAGACGGAGGAUGCUCUGGGUCUCACCAUCACGGAUAACGGGGCCGGAUGUGCCUUCAUCAAGCGCAUCAAGGAAGGCAGCAUUAUCAACCGCAUCCCGGUCGUGUGCGUCGGAGACAGCAUCGAGGCCAUCAACGACCAAACCAUCGUCGGGUGCCGCCACUACGAAGUUGCCAAGAUGUUGCGUGAGAUGCCGAAAGCCCAGCCCUUCACCCUGCGCCUCGUGGAGCCGAAACGGGCCUUUGACAUGAUCAGCCAGAGGACACGAAGCAACAAGGUGCCCAGCGAGGGGAAAGUGGCCAGCGGGAAGGAGACACUGCGGCUACGAGCCAAGGGCAGUGCCACUUUGGAGGAAGCGCCCAGCGAACACGAGGAAGAAGCGGCUGGGAAAGUCGACGACCUCCUGGAGAGUUACAUGGGCAUCCGAGACGUGGAACUGGCCUCGAGCAUGGUGGAAAUGGCCAAGGGACGGCAGGGCUCCGAAGACUUCGCCCACGGCCUGGAUCUGCUUCUGGGCGAGUUCGCCUUCCCCGAGGAGUUUGUCGCCGAGGUCUGGAGAACCAUCUGCGAGGCCAAGGGGAACCCAAAAUAGAGGCGGAGAUCUGGCCCGGGCGACGUCCCUCUUCUGUCUCCAUCCUUAUCUCUCUUCCGCUUGGCUUCCUGUGCCUCUUAUC